AUGCCACCAACACCACAUCUGUCAAGAGGGGGAAAAGGUAGCAGUAGAAGUAAAAAAGUGGGACCAUCUAAAGGAAUGGAAAAAAACAACUACAUUAAUGCCCCCGUUCACCCAUUUGGGCCCAGUACACCUGUUAUCUCCCAUUGUAUCCUUCCGCUGCAAAUGUUUCCACGUCCAACUGCCACCGCGACGCACGCCCAAUUUCGCGAUGUGCGUGCGCUCCCCCACUUAUCCACAAGCGAGACGCUCGCCGUCAUUUCCCCAACUGAUCUGUAA